ACAGUGGCUUUAAAAUUCAAAUCGUUUACUCAUGUGGCAACGUUGUUUGCCCGCUGUUAUUAAAUGACAUUGACAGUGACAACUCCAUUUAAAAAUUAAAAAUAAACAAGUGUGUGUCUGUGAAAUUUUGUGGUAAUGAAUCCAGUUUACGACUUCAUUCAGAAAAACAGAGUGUUAGCUUUAAUAGAAAAGGCUCAACAAACAAAUGCUCGAAAUUUAGCACUUGAUGAUUUUGAUUUAACAUAUUUUCCAGACGUAUUAAUAUCUUGUCAAGGUCUACAUUCUCUUAACAUAGGUCAUAACACUAUUGUGGAUAUUCCUUUGGAAAUAUCACAAUUAAAAAAUCUACAACAUUUGUCAUUAGAAUACAAUCAUUUAGAUAUAUUUCCGGAGACAUUGAAGAACCUUCCACAGCUGAUCACCUUGAAUAUUAGCCACAAUCCUCUACAUGAUCUGACUAAAGAUAUUGGAUGUUUGGUUUCUCUUGAAACCUUAUGGUGUAAUAGCUGUUUAUUGACAAGAAUUCCAGAAGAAAUAGGAAAUUUAACUAAGCUUCAAACCUUUGGUGCUAGACACAAUAAAAUUAACAAGUUGCCAAAUAGAAUAUGUGAGCUAAUCAAUUUAAAGUGGUUAACAAUGGAAGACAAUAAUUUAAAUUCUAUACCUAAAGAAAUUGACAAAUUACAGAUGAUAAAGCACAUAAACUUCAACAAGAACAAUUUUAGCUAUAUCCCUUAUAGGCUAUCGAAAUUAAAGAAUUUAAAAUAUUUACAUUUACAAAGUAAUGAAUUCUUUUCUAUGCCAGAAAGGACAAUUUUCGCUAUGCCUCAUACAAAAAUAAAUCUACAACAUAAUCCGCUAAGGUUAGAAGAUAAUAAGAUAUUUACGAACAUUAUAAUAACUGGUAGUGAAAAUGAAAUACUAGACAUGAUUGGGUACGAUUCUGACUCCAGCUCAGACGACUGGGACAACAGCUUAGAUAGUACUGAAUUAAACUAUUCAGCCACAGAUGAAGAUAGCGAUAAUGAAAACCGAGAAGUUAUAUCCAAUAUGCCAAUCCUUUCCAAAUUUUUAGUAACGUGUUGAAUCUCAUAAAAGUGAUGUUUUGCCAAAUCUUAGACCAGACCCUUCAAAACAAAUUAAAAUUGGUACUGAAAAUGCAUUCAGAGACUGUGGAAAUAGCUUUUUGUAAGAUGAAUCAGAUCGAGAAAGUCUCAAUAUUUCUUAUGAAAUUUAUAAUUGAAAAUUUCAAAUUUUCAUUUUAAUUUUUUAAAACAAAUACCGAUGUGAGUAGUUAGACCAUAGCUGAGAAUAAAAUAUGCUAAGAUUGAUAUAAAAUUUGAAUCAAGUAGGUAACAGAUAUAGUAAAAGAAUAAUAUUCAACUGGCAGUAGUGUUUAUUACUGUUCCUUGAAUAAGAUACUAUUAAUUGAGCACUUAAGGUAGAUAAAUGAGAUUAAUAAAGAAGUUGCUAUUGGUUAAUUUUGAAUAGAAAUUAUAAUCAUUAUGUUAUUUAAUAACAACUAAUUGAUAUUUUUAAAAAAGGAUGAGAGAAGAAAUAUAUAUUUUUUAAUAUUAACUGUUCAGGGUAUGGUCUAGUUUCCAAGUUACAAUGUGUAUGUGCGACAAAAUCACAUUAUCAACAUCAUUCCACAUCAAUUUAAGAAAAAUAUGAAUGUUCCUUACUUAUGUUCUAAUUGUAACAAUAUAUACUGUUUUUGAUCGCGAACG